UCUGCUCUCUAGUUCUCCACUGAAUAGAACUUGUGUUUGUUAACCCUUUCUCAAACAUAAUUCAAGUGGAAGAACAUCUUAUUCAUCUGAAUUCCUUCUGGUAAUUCUGUUUGGUGACUAUUUCUUGAUGGGAGAAAAUGCCAAUCCUUGGUGCCAUUGGCCUAAUUCUCCAUGGAAAUUAAAUACCGACAGCUCUACAAGCAACCCCUGCCCACCUGAUGUUGGUCAUGAUAGCACCAAUUCGGUGACAUUGCCCACAUGUCUGAACAGCCUUGCCUACAUCUACCCUGGAGUUUCUGCAACGGUGCCAUUGUUUACAGCAUCUAUUGCUGACAAACCUCUUCCAAUGACUUCGAGGUUUGUCGCGAUAAUGGCCCCCUAUGUAGGAUCAUCCAUAGCUGAUCCUCCAAAAAAGAGAUCUCUGGUUUUAUUUCAGAAUGAGAAACUUACUCCAACUGCAGGUCCCUUCCUAAGGAAAUGGGCCUUGGAUCCUGUGCCAGAACUGGAAGCUAGCAAUGAAACUAAUGUAACUGAUGUUGGAGCACAAAGCACCGAUGAUACUCAUGAGAACACCGAAGAUAUUAAUGUGCUCUUAGAUUCCGACUCGGAUGAAGGGUAUGAGAAAGUGCAUGAAUUGAACAAAGCCCCUGUGGACAAUGACACCAUGAGUGUAGAGUCAGUAGCCAGCGCUGGUGCUAGCGUAGGCGCUGCCCAACCAUCCAAGAAGAGAAAACUCUGCUCUGGUUCCGACAGGUCUGUUGUCGACACAGCCAGCUCAGCAAGGAUUGAUUGUUCAAUUGGACAGAGGCAUCUAGGCAACGACGAUGAUGCGCAGUCCUGUUGCAUUGGUGAAGUAGAGAGUGGCCACAAGUUUGCUCUCGCUCUGAGGGAUGGAGAAGAAGCAGAAGAUGACAGCCCUGAUGACCGGAAGCUUAGAAUAGAGAGGAUACAAGAGACUGUUGCUGCUCUAAGAAAGAUUGUUCCUGGUGGCGUUGCGAAGGAUGCCACAGCUGUUCUUGAUGAAGCAAUCUGCUACUUGACGUCUCUUAAACUCAAGGUCAAGACGUUGGGAGCUGUCUCUCUCUAGCUAGCUCCUCGG